UCCGCGUCACUCUAUCAGUCAAGGGCGCUCGUAUUCUCGCACGUUUCUCGCGUGAAUAUAUAGACAUCGAUUAAUCAAAUUCACGGUUACCAAUUUUUUGUUCGUAAAAAUGCGAAGACCGACGAGUUCUUGACGCGGCGUAAAUUCUUAAAUUAAACGAACCUACGAGAAGUGCGUUCCGACGGGCAUUUACGACGGGUUUUAUCGGAUGCGCGACGGAAAUUUGGUUGCUGAUUUGAGGAGGUCGUCGAAAUUGCUAAUAUGGCAGAAAUUUGUGUCUGAUGUUGUUAAAGUUGAGAAAGUAUCAUAACAUGUAACGGAAGGAUAUUAGUAAAUAGUCCAGAAGUGUUCGUCAAACAGUGAUUUCAGUGGGCCAGUGCGUGUACGAAUUGAAAACUCGCCAGCGAGCUACCGACUGUUUAAAUUAUCUUCCCGUAACACGUUCCUUUCGAGUCAACAACAUCGACUUUUUAGUGUCUUUUUUUUUGACCUUCAUCUACUUUGUUUAUCAUGAAUUCAAUUGAAUACUCGUCGCAGUGAUUUGCAGCUGGGACGAGUUAAAUAGAUCUAUUCUGGAUGUAUCGUAAAGGAGUUUUUUAUGGACUCGAUUAUCCUGCGUUCAACGACAAAGGAUAGAGAUGAUGUACGUCGAGAAUAAAUUGCACUGCAUCGGUUUUCAUUGAAAGCGUGGUGGUUCCUGCAAAUAUCAGGGCAUUGUAUAAAUAUACAGCAACGAUGUUUAUCAAAACAUUAAGGAACGAUGAGCUUCAAAUAUGCUUAUGAAGUAACGUAGAAAGAGGCAGCUGUUACGGAUCCAUACCAUGGAUGUCAUUCGAAUUCGUAACUUUGAUCUCGCGAGUGACUCGAGCUUUGUCACAAAACAGUGGUUGUGGUAAUUAACAUAAACAAAGUGUACCGGUGUGCCCCAGCAGGUACUAAACAGUGAAGCCACCAGGCUAUGGCUAAUUUGAACUUCGAGCAGCCACCACGCAGUAUUGCAAAUGCAAGCCUAACUUCGCGUGGGGGUGGUGGGGGGAGUUUAAGUUCUUCGACCCUUGCGGGUCAUGUCACGCCCACCUCGGGCAUGUUCUCAGGCUCGUCUGCAAGCACCUCAAGCACAGCUAAUUCCACUGUCGUGGGUGCCAACGUCUAUCCUGGAACAACGGCAACGGGAAGUGCACAGCCUACAGGGCAUCAACCACCUCAGCAGCAGCUUUCGCCUAUGGGCAAUAGAGGACUCUUUGGGCAGAGAGCUUUCGCCGAUAGACGUACAAUGCCUGCUCUUGGGAAUUCUAAUCCAAUGGGUAGUAUGGGAAGUUUUGGAAUACCUCCAAGUCGCAGCUACGGAUCUCAAAGUGCGAUCAACAAUUUCCAUUCUGUGUUCGGGGGUGGAGGUGGAGGAGACACGAGCACCCCUCCACUUCUUGAUCUCUCCGAGUUCCCUUCUCUAACUAAUAGAGGCCAGGGUGAUUCUGUGCCGCAGCCUAGUCCUAUGCCAGGAAAGCAACCUUAUGUUGGAAUGGUAAAACAACCGACGUCCGAAUCGAGCGAAUUUACUAUGAGUUCGGAAGAUUUUCCUGCGCUACCAGGCACGCAAAGUAGAGAAGGGCCAUCGCCAGGAGGUGGCACAUCGGGGGAAAAGGGUAUACCAGUUGGUCUUGGUCCGGAGAUCGGUCAAGAUGUGCUGCAAGCCAACAGAGCGACUGGCUCUGAAAAGAUUCAGGCGUCUAAAAGAGGCAUACAAACAUCACCCGACGGUAAAGUGACGCACAUACCGGCAAGUAUGGUAAAAGACCAGUUCGGAAUGGUGGGCCUCUUAACAUUCAUCAGGGCAGCAGAGACGGAUCCGAACCUUGUGUCUUUGGCACUAGGGCAGGAUUUAACGGCGCUAGGGCUCAAUUUGAAUUCUCCCGAGAAUCUUUACCAAAACUUUGGUGGACCUUGGGCAGAAACACCGUGUCGACCGCAGGACAUCGACUUUCACGUACCGCCAGAGUAUCUUAUCAAUUCUUCCAUCAGGGAUAAGUUGGCACCUGUUAAAUUAAAUCGGUAUAAGGAUGAUCUCCUAUUUUAUAUGUUUUAUACAAAUGUCGGAGACGUAUUACAACUGGCAGCAGCGGCAGAAUUAUAUAGCAGGGAAUGGCGGUACCAUAUGGAGGAGAAAGUUUGGAUAACACAGGCGCCAGGACACGUGUUGGUGGAAAAGACUUCGACGUACGAGCGUGGUACUUACUACUACUUCGAUGCGCAAAACUGGAGGAAGGUAGCUAAGGAGUUCCAUUUGGACUACACAAAGCUCGAGAGUAGACCGCAUCUUCCUACAACUUUUCAUCAAUCUCAGCCUUGACUACAGAUCUGCCUGCAGACCUUUGUGCUGUCUGUGAGCUGGAGGUAUUCAGCUAUUGUAUAAAUGAACAAAUUUAAUAAUCUUUAAUAAAAACAUAAAAUUCGAAGAGUAAAGAACAAGAUUCUGUGAUCAUACAAAA